AUGUAUUAAUGUUAAAAAGUAUUCUAAAAUGAAGAGGAAGCCAAGGCCGCUGCUAAUCUAAUUAUUAUGGAAAUAUUAGGUAAUCCAAGUUAUUAGGAAGAUGAAAAGUUUGAUAAAUUACUUAAUUAAUUUAUUGAACAAUAAUUGGAAUUAGAUAAAAAGAUUUAGAAGAUGAUUCAAUCAUAAAUUGAUGCACUUAAUAAAACAAAGAAUUUUAUGGAUUAAUGCUUUAAUAAUGUUGAAAAAUGCGAAUAAUAAAUAGAGAUUCUAAAUUCAGAAUUUGAUAAAGAUGCUCAAUUUCAUAGAGAAUUAGUUAGCUAUGAAAAAAUAUUUUUUUAUCGUAAAAAUAUAGGAUUAAUGCUUGAUUAAAUGAAAUAUAUAUUCAGAGUUUAAGAAGAAAUUGAUAAAAUGAAUUCUACAUUUUAGAGUGGAAAUUGUGACUAUGAAAAUCUUCACUAUAAAUUAAUUGCUUUAGUUGAUAUUAGAGAUAAUAUCAUAGAAGCUGUUAAUACAUCUCCUUAAUCUAAAUAAGAUUUAAGUAUUAUACUUAAUGAAUUUAAAUGUCUUUCUGAAUUUGAGAAUAAGUUUUAUGAUAAGAUAUAUGAGAUCCUACUUACAACAAUUGAAGCAUCUAUCAAAAAACCUUAAUAAUUGAUAAAAACAUUAUAAAUAAUUGAAACAGCUGAUAAAUCUAGAGAAUUAAGAAAAAAGGAAUUGAUUUAUAAAAAAAGAGCACUUUAAACAAUUGAAUAAGGAAUUGAUGAGAAAUUUAAUUAAAAAUUGAAAGAUGCAAAAGAUGCUGUCUAAAUUUUAGAAUAAUCUAAAUUUUCAUCUGCUGAUUUAAUUUUGGCAUUUGAUCAUACUGUUAAAUGUUUUCCAAAACAUUAUAAUAUAUUUAAAGUUAUUGAAGAUUAAUAUAAAGUAAAUGUAGAAAAAAGAAUUCUUCCUUUUCUUGAAGAUGAAUAAAAAGUUACAGAAUCUUUUGGUACUUUAAUCAAUUUACUAAGUUGGGUGGAUUCUUAUGAAUAAUUAUUAAGUAGAGUUGGUGAAUAAAGUGAAUCAUAUGUAGCUUUAAGAUGUAGAGUUAAAUCAUAUAUGCCUAUCUUUUAAGAUCAUGUAAAUAAUCUAAUUAUUGAUUAUUCUGAAAAGGCUAUAAGAAAGGAUAAGAGUGAAUAAUAAACUUUAGAAAAUAUCACUAAACUUAUUAGAACUAAAUAAGAUUUAUUAACUUACUUUCCAGAAGAUAUAUUCCAUUUUAUCAAUUAAUAAUUAGAUAUUUUAGGUCCAAAUUUAAAAGGAGAAAUAUUUAUUGAAUUUAUUCGUUCAGUCUGUGGUACUUUAUCAGAAGUGUUGAAAAAGGAAUGUAGAGAUUUUAUAAAUGAACUUCCUAGUAAUGAAUAAGAAGGAGAAGUUUCACCUCUAUAUCUAUUAGUUUUAUAAACCAAUAAUUAUUACAAAUGUAUGACAUAUUCUAAUGAAACAAAAGAAUAUUGUUUAAAAUUUUGUAAUGAAUUAAUAUCAGAAAGAGUCUAAUAGAUAUUUUAUUAAGAUUUAACAGGUGGUUUUAAUGAAAUAAUUAAUUUAUUGUUAGAAAAAUCUUGUAAAAUGGUUUUUAAUGAAAUUAAUGAUUAAAUUAUACCAUUUUUAUUUUCACCUAAAUGGUAAAAUGAAAAUUUAAUAGAUUAAGCAUUAUUAACAAUUAAGGAUUAUCUUUAGGAUAUUUAAUUACUAAUGUUAAAUUAGAUUCAUUUUAAUAAAUUAGUCAAAUUGAUAUUCAAAUAAUUAAUCAAUACUUAUGAAGAAUAAUUAUUAUAUACUGUAUAAUUUAUUGCAGGUAUUCCUAAAGGUAUCUUAUAAAUUUGAUAAAUAUUUAGGAUUCUUUCCAAAAUUGUUAACAAAUCUAAGUUUUGUAAAUGAAUAAGACAAAGAUAAAAAAAAGAAAGAAAAAGAUAAGAAGGCUGCUAUUUAAAUGAUACUUUCUAAUAAAGAGUUAGUUGUACCAUAAAUGUAAAGAGAUAAAGAUGUCAUAUUGAAUUCUAUUGAAUAAGAUUUUAUUGCAUAGGUUGGUAAGACAAGUGCCUAACAAUUUGAUAAGAUUUUAACUACUCUUAUAAAAUCAAUUAAUAAUCCAAAAAGUGAAAUAGAUGGAUUACUUUAACUAUAUCCAUAAAGUUUUGAAUAAUAUUCUAUGUAUAUAUUGGAAGUAGUUUUGUGGAUGAGAGAAGAUUGCGAUUCAAAAUAUAAGUAAUAAAAAAUGGAAAUAUUAAAUAAUUUAAUUAACAAGAAAUGA